CUAAUGCUUAUGGUUUAAUAAUAGACAAAUUUUAUAAACAUAGAUUUUGACAGCUGGCUGACCCUAUCUAUCAACUAUUGUUGAACUUAAUAGUUUUAUAUAUGUAUAAUUUUUUUCUUUUCUGCACGACAUUAUUGUACAGUCUCUAUAUGUUAUGAUUUAACAUAAUAUAGUGUGUGAGCGAUAUAAAUGCUAUGAGUUUGUUGUGAAAGAAUGUUGAAAUUUUAAGGUCAUAUUGCAAACAUGGGGUCCAUGCGACCUAAUGGACGUUUCCUUUCAUUUGCUAAUAACAUACAGAGAACUCAAAAGCAACCUGUCCCAAGUGGAUUUCCUCAAAGUCUAUCCGGUAGUGAGACAGAUGUGUCCACAUCAAAUGAGAAUCUGUCAAGAGAGGAGAGGUAUGUUGUGAGGCACACAGCACGAGUUGAACCACAAGGACAGGAAAAUCAAAGUCAGACUAACAAUAAUAAUAACAACAAUAGAAACACAUUGAAGGAUAACGUAGGGGGCAGUAACCGCAACUCACUAAAAGACUCAGUAGGUGGAGGUAACAGCAAUCGGAGUUCGCUGGAUGUUUCAUCAUCAUCAUAUAACACUCUGAUCAUUCAUAACCAGGACGACUCCUGGUCUUCAAGACCAACACCAAUUAGGGAACAUGAAAGAACAAACAGUGAAGUUAAGCAUUCAACUACACAGUCUUCACCAUACCACACUUUAAAAAAGAGUGAUGCAGUGAAGAAGCCUAGCGGGAUUCCGCUACCCAAAGUUCACAAAGAGCAGACUGUUACAGCAAGUGCUAAUUAUAUUGAUAUUGGAGGUCAGAGGAUAUAUACAAGCCCACCGGAUCAAGGGGUUCAGGAAAUAAAUGAAAUACCGGAUGAUUUUCUGAAUCAGUCAUCAGUUCUGAAACAUCUUGCUAAGGAAGUAACCCAAUCUCCGACACCUCGAGGGCUCACACCUCCAGCGUCUCCCCACUCGACUCGGGCUCCCUCGAAACCCCGCGAAGAGAGGAAAGGGAAAGGAUCGAAAGCUAAACUCAGUAAGGAGAAGUUGAAUUUGUCAAGAUCACAGCCCGAUCUAACAAGUGUUGGCGUCCGAGCAGUACCAGGUGGAUCAGAGUCCAGCGGUUGGUGUAGUGGAGGGGAGGGUUCUUUGGAGGAGGCUGAUGACGCGUUUGCAGCUGUUCUGGACGCUCUUGCAGCUGAGAACCACGCUCUAAAGAGACAGCUGGCCGACGCGUGCGAGCGAGUCGCUAAGACACAUAAGUUGGAGCAGGAGGUGGAAAAGGUUCGUACUGCCCACGAGGAGCUCGUGGGCUCGUGCGAGCGACGGGAGCGGCUGGAGAGAGCCGCUCGGGUCAGGCUGCAAGCUGACUGUAGACGCCUACACGAGAUCAACAGGGCUCUCAAACAUCAGACGGAGUUACUGUCAUCUGGAGGUCGAGCGGAGGGCGGCGCUAGUGUGGAGGCUCUGCGGAAAGAACUACAAGGACGGGAGAUGCUCAUAGCGCAACUCAUUACACAGAAUAAGGAGUUGGCUUGCGCUAAGGAGCGUCAAGAGAUAGAGAUGUCAGCUCAGCGGGCGACUCUACAGGAACAGAGGACACACAUCGACAUACUGGACACGGCGCUGACUAACGCUCAGGCUAACGUGGUCAGGCUGGAGGACGAGUGUCGUCACGCGAGCGGGUACGUGGAGCGCGUGCUGGGUCUGCAGAGGGCGCUGGCGUCGCUGCAGCAGGCCUCUGACAGGAGAGAACACACGGAGAGGAAACUCAGGGCGCAGCUCGAGACAGAACUACAGGCUCUCAGGAAACGUGAGUGUGUGUGUGGCGGUGUGGAUACCUCCGGUGUGAGUGGUGGUGGGGGUGGCGGGGGUGGGGGCGCCGCGUGUGGGGGUGAAGCGGGGGCGGAGGCCGAGCUCAGGCGGGCGCUGCGGUCGAGGGACGAGAGGCUGCUGGCUCUAGAGGGGGAGUGCGCCAAGUGGGAACAGCGCUACCUCGAGGAGGCCGCACUCAGACAGGCGGCGGUGUCCGCAGCAUCCAUACCCAAGGACGCUAAGAUCGCGGCCCUGGAGAAGACGUCGGCGGAGUCCGAGCGACUGAUGGCGGAGGCUCGCAGCGAGAAGAUACGGCACAUGGACGAGCUGCACUCCGCACAGAAGAAGGUCGCCGACCUGGAGAGCAGGGUUAAAGAGCUAGAGUCCAAGGUGGCGGAGCGUGAUGCGAUGAUCAAAGUGCUGCAAAAGCACACGAGCGCCGCCUCGCUCAGAAACAACUCGAGUCGAGAGGAACUCGUGGGUCUGUCGUCGGGAGCGUCCUUCUCCAGCGCGGAGGGUGUGGGCUCUGCCGGCGUCACCAACCGCUACAGACACCUCGCUAGGAGGAACUACUCCCCUCACAACGACAACAGCGGCUGCGGGUUCGACAGUUCGUCUCUUCGCCUGGAGGAGCAGUUGGCCGCGCUGGAGUCCCGCCUGGACCGGCCGCCGGUGCCCGCUCGAGGGUUAUGCUGUUUCCCUGGUCUGAGCGCCGCCGGUGUCCGCGGUCGAGGCGAGGAAGCUUUACUCCUGGAGCGUCAAGGUCGCGCCUCCCAACAGACACGUUCGUCCAGCCUUCCGCCGCCACCCUCAGCUCUCCCUCGACCACCACGGAAACCUUCCGCCAGAAACACUAGAUACGAGAGAAUGGAACACAGGGACGCUCGGAAAGACUCCGACGGGUCUGGUUCCAUCGCAUCAACAGCAUCUCGUAGUUCCCCCUCGCCGUACGACACUGUCCGUAAGUUACCAUCAGUGCCAACAUCCGCUUCCCUGCCGGCGGCUGAAUCUCGUGAGUCUCUCGUCAGGCCGCGCGACUCCAGCCUGCCAUCGCCUUCCAAGCUGGCGGUCUACGCUGCAGCUAGACGACGUUCCGCUGAAUCCGCUAAAGAUAACAAUAAGAGAACACACCACUAUCGUAUACAGUUUUGAAUUGCUCUAAGCUAAACUUCCUUUGAUGCCAGAUUUACUUUUCACCUUUAUCAAGAACAUUGCGGGCAAAUGUAAAGGACUAUUGACAUUGUACAUCAUUUUAUUAUAACGAUGGAUAAAAAAUCAAAUUACAUUAUGGUAUAUUUUUAGUCAUCUGGUCCUUAAUUCAAAGUAUUAAAAAUUUGUUUACAAUUUCAUAACAAUAGCUCUAGAAUAGUCUUGGAUUUUCUACAUUAAAUACUAUUCAAUUUUUGUUUUUUGUCAAAAUUCAUCCUAUCUGAGUAUAUUUUGAAUUAAUGUCUAUUGUUUUUUGUGCUGUUAGUUAUAUAUUUUGUGGAAAAGAUUUGUUUUUAUAUACUUCCUUUUGUUGUAUAAUUAAAUGAUAUUGGUUAAUGAUUUGUAAAACUCAUCGAUAGAUAAGUACUGUUUGAAAAAAAAGCAUACACACUUUUUUGCGCAUACAAUUUUUUUGUGCAUUUAUUCACGUUGCAUGUGUUUGCUAUAAAAGUUCAUUUUGCACUGUGUCAUAUUUUACAUCGUUCUUUAGGAUUUGCUUCUUCCAAUCCUAUAUUUUCAAUAUAUGGAAGGUUUUAUCACCUUAUUAUAUACAAUUGAAGACAGACAACUAGAACUAAUGAAGAAAUAUUAGUUUUUAAUGUUGCCAUGUCUGCACCACGCGUGUAGCUCAAGCUACAUUCAAAUGUGAAAUCAUAUCAUACGAUAUUUAAUGUUUCAAUAUUUUUUUAAUAUUUUCCAUAUUAGGUUUAUUAAAAUAAAAUGUAUGAAUGUUGAAACAUUAAAUUUGUAUUUCAUUCUAGAUUAUAACAAUAUUUUUUAACAUCGUUGCAUCUAUUUCGGUAUGAAAUUGUUUGUCUGAACGAUAUAAGGCAUUUUCAGUCUGUUUUUCAGGAAGAAAGAGAAGAUGCAAAUAUUUAAUCACUAUUGCAAUAUAGUGAUGAAAAGCAAUAGUUUGAAAUGAAUAUCUACUUACUUAAAAAUCAUGAGUAAGUCAACUUUUUGUUUGACAUUUAAAAGUCAUUGAAAAUGUCAUUUUCACAGUCGUCACAUCACAAGCUGAUAAAAUGUGUUGUGGCUGUAAAAAAAUCUUUAAUUUUGUGAUGACUGCAUGAUGUAGUAGAGCAUAACUAUAGCCAGAGCCAAAUUAUUAAAAUUAAAUAUGGAUUCUCAAUUAUACUAAUAUUUAGAUGUUUUGGGGAUUAUUUUAAAAAAAUUAUUCAUAUCUGUUAUUUAAGUAAUGUCUGCUUAUUUUUUAAAUAGUUAUGAAUAGUUAGUUCAUGAACUAAAAAUUAUAAUGAAUUGUUUUAUAAUAGUGAAUGGUUUCAUUUUUAACAGAAAGAUAUUUUCCUAAGAAACUAAACUUAAGCAAAGAAAUGGUUUUCCUAAGGAUAAAAAUUGUACAUUGGCCUUGUGUAAAAUUUGACUUACAUUGUUAAUUCGAUUCAGUAUUAUGCUAUCAAAUUAUUAGUUUUCAUUGAAAAUAUAUUUCAGACGUCACCACCCCUUUUAUAUUAUGUUUAUAUAUAUAAAGUUAUUUAGAUUUUGUAUUUAGUUUAAAAUUUAUUACAGUGAUUCGGGCCUAAUACUUUUUAAUUUAAUACUCCGUUUUUUUACAGUUAAAAGUGAUCAAUAUAAAUAGGGUCGCCAUUUUUCUUUAAGCUCUUUUUAAAUGUCUAUGUCAACGUGCAUUUGACAACCAUGUCCUAUUUUUCAUAAAACCAUUAUGAAUGAGUGAAUGCUGCCAAUGUAAACAAUAACAUGAUCAAAUAAAAUUCUAGUCUUAUAAGAUGAAAAAUUUAUUUCUAUAUAUUUUAAAUGUAUUUUAAGGUGUUUUUGAAUAUGUCAUUAAACAGUACUCAAAAACUA